CAUUCUUCGCAGGCGGACCGACAUAAAUUUUAUUAUUCGCUGCUGCGUGUGUUUACAUAUCCAAUUUGGAAUCAGAUUUCGUCGCGUCAGGACAUUCAUUAUUUCUCGUUCCGUGUAAAGAAAACAAUCUCUUCGGUUCUUCGUUCGAUACGACUUGAUAGCUCUUCAUUACGUUGCUCGUGACUUGGGUUGUGUAACUUAGCAGAGAAACUGGAAGUAGUGGGGAACAAACUGUUUGUUCUCAGUUUUCCUUAUCAGCUGAAAAGAAAGGAGGCAGCAGAAAGUUUAGUGAGCAAGCACAAAGCGCGAGAACCGACACCACCUUCAAGAUGAUUCCCAAUAAAAAGAACUGAUAUUAGCUUCACGGCCCUACUAGGAAGAGGAUCAUUCCCUCGAGUUCUUUAGUUUUUUUUUAUGUUGUUGGUUUGUGUUCUCUGUUAGGUUUUGGGUUAGUCUUUUUCGUUUCUUGUGUGUACGUGCGCGAUUGGGUUGAAGUGCUGAAAAAAUUGUAAAGGGUGGAGAAAUCCUAAACCGAACAAAACUCGAGUCAACUGUACUCCAUCGAUUAAUGGCUAGUUCUAUGAACAGCAAGACCCGUUUUCGUCGUAGAUUGGCUGCGAUCUCCUUUCUGUCCAACAUUUCGCUGGACGGUACCCACAGAGAUACGAAACUAGGACCAUUACACGGUUCCGGAGCAGGUGCUGGAGGCAUCCAUUCCAACAUAAACAACAACAAUGGCGAUGCCAACAACUUUGAUGACUCCUCAGAGGACAACAUCGACACACCUGGGACAGGUGCGGAUGGGGAAUAUUCGAGCAACCAUGACUAUCUGGAGUCCAAGCUGAGUGGGGUGGGCAGCGUGACAAAUGGAUCCUUUGCACCAGGAGGUGCAGUGAGACGAAUUCGUGCCCGAACCGGUACAUUCGGCAAGAGCCCCGACAGGAAUGCGGUCCAUCGGAUCGACAGCGAGGGAAAUGUGAUCAUCUCGAAGGUCACUUCCACGUCGCUGAAAGAUCGAGAGAAUGUGAAUCCCAACGAAGGGAUUCCUCACUAUUAUCCGGCGGACAAACGGGCUCGAGCCAACUCCGCCUCGCUCCGCGGUGGAGCGCCUGGAGUCAAACGAACGCUGCUGGUGAACACUGGUGCUGACGAGAAACGUGAGCUGCCAAGCAAUAGCAGCACGGAGAGCUUGAUCCAAGGACGCCGCAAUGUUUUGAUCCAGGAUCCGUCGUCGCGUGAGGUUAAAUUCUUGCCUCCGAACGUUGGCCGCAAUCAUAACUUCCGUGACGAACGUGUGGUGUUAAUGUCAAAACGCACUCCCUGUUUCCUAUUUUCGGUGAUACCUCACUACAAAGGAAAAACUUCGCGUGCUGAGUUGCGUCGCGAGGGUCGUCGCCGUAAUCCAUCCGGAACCAGGCCCUUGUCGUCGAUCAACGACUUACCAUUUGAUGCAUUCCGUCUUCUUGGAAUUGAACGGGGCGGCGAGCCAGGACAAGAAACAUCCUACGGAUAUUUACUGAUCCCCUCGAGACAAUACCAUCGAGAGAAAAAACACGAGAAAAGCUCCCGCAGCGGCUUUGAGAUAACAAAUUUUGCAUCGUUGGAAAAUCACGCUGCUGCGCGGUAUUACAGCUAUGAAUCGAGCAUUCGUAAUACCACCGCAAGCCCUUUACAGAAUUUGAGCAGUCUGGAUGCUGUCAAAGGUGACCUGGAGGAAGGAUUUACAUCGAUUUCUGGAAUGCAAUACUCGCCGAACAUUUUGGACGAUCCGGAAUUGAUCGCCGGCAAGCAUCGUACGCUGUUGACCUUUACCUCGUACAUGACAUCCGUGAUCGAUUACGUGCGUCCUUCUGAUCUCAAAAAAGAGCUCAACGAUAAGUUUCGGGAAAAGUUUCCCCACAUAGAGCUGACGCUCAGCAAGCUAAGAAGUAUUAAACGUGAAAUGAAACGCAUCAACAAGCUGGAUUCACGCAUCGAUUUCCUGACCAUCUCGCAAGCAUACGUCUACUUCGAAAAGCUGAUCCUGUCUAAUCUGAUCAACAAGGAGAAUCGUAAACUGUGCGCCGGCGCUUGUCUUCUGCUCAGUGCCAAACUGAAUGACGUCAAGGGCGAGGUGCUGAAAAGUUUGAUUGAAAAAACAGAGAGCGUCUUUCGCUUGAACCGGAAAGAAUUGAUCGCUUCGGAGUUUGCCGUUUUGGUUGCACUGGAAUUUAGCUUGCAUGUUCCGACCAGUGAGAUUCACCCACAUUACCAGCGUCUUCUAUUGCAGCUGCGGCCAACAGCGUGUCCCGGCUGAUAUGAAGCGGCCUAUUGAAGGCGGCAUUACUCUCGGCCAUGCCCUUCAAAUCCCAC